AUGACGACUUAUACACCAUGUGGAAGAAUUUUUCUUAUUUUCUUCCUUUUCCUUCGAUACACAUCUGCAGAUUUAGUAUAUGAUGUGUGCAAGCAGACUCGGAACUAUAGUUUAUGUACCGAAAUUCUUUACAAGGCAAGUGGAUACAGUGAUAGCACCGAUGUCAAAGGUCUAGCGCGUAUCAUGAUUGAAGCGUCCCGAUCUAGGGCCGCUCACAAUCUUGUAUACGUAAGGGGAUUGAUAAAUAAUCAAAAUUCUACCAAUCUUGAUGAUUUUAACCAAUGUCUUCAAGUUUGCUAUAAAGACUAUCGUUUGGUAGUUAAAGCAUUCAUCCCAAAUGCUAUUCAAAGUUUGUCUUCGGGAUCGAAUUUCGAUGCAGCUGUUGCGAUCUUGUUGUCUGCUGAUCACAUUUUGAGUUGUCAAGAUGAGAAUUGUGUGAAAAUGUCAUCGAAUUUGAACGAUAGGUGUAAUGAGUAUGCUGAUUUUGCUCAAAUUGUUGCAGAUGUAUUAAGAAUUGCCUAA